AUGUCAAGUUUUGAGCAAUCAAGAAAUGAAAUUGGAUGCGUUUUUAGGGACAUUAAGCCAAUUGAAGUAUUUGAAUACCCAAAUCAAGCAUCUAAAAUCAUUUGGAGUGUAAAUUCCAAUAAUAUUUUACAAAUAUCUUCACAAAUUAUAGAAUUCAUUACAAAUAACAAAAUAUCUAUUCAAAUGUCGCUUCGCUUGAUUGAUGGUAUUUCACUUGUUCGUGUUAAAGAUAUUAAAAUAUUAACAGAACUUUACCAAAAGAUAUUAAACGAAUUUUCAUGCAUCAUCAAACCAAACAAUGAGAAAUUGGCUACGCUUCUACACUAUAAAGGUUUCAAAUUUGAAAACUUCGAACCUAAAAUGAAAGAAGAAGAAAUUAUGAAUUUAUAUUCAACAGAAUCUCCUUUAUACUAUAUUGCAUGGGAUAAAGUCGAUGAUCUUAAAUCUAAAUUCCCAAAUCUUGAUAUUAAUAAUGUAAUAGAUCAUAAAAUCAUUCCACUUGAUUGUGCAAUUAAAUAUGGAUCAGAACUGUGCUUCAAUUUCUUUAAAAAUUUAGGUGCUGAAUACACUAAUGAAUCGGAAAAAUAUGCAGUUCAAGGCGGAAAUGAGAACAUUUUUAUGCAAAUGAUAGAAGAUGGCAAAUCAUUUAAUAACAUGAUUAGUACAGCAUUGGAUUAUCGGAACUAUGAAAUUGCUGAAUAUCUUAAAUCAAAUUUUGCACAAACUCCAGAUUCAAUAGCAGAAAGCAUGUAUUUCGUAAAUUAUGACGUUGCAUCUUAUUUACUUACUAAUGGAGAAGAUAUUAACAAAUGUUAUAUUCUCUUUCUUUUCCUAUUUAACAUUGAUUUAUUGGAUUCUCUUUCUUUUCAUAUUUAUCAUUGUUUGAUAUUAUUCUCUUUCUUUUCCUAUUUAACAUUGAUUUAUUGGAUUCUCUUUCUUUUCAUAUUUAUCAUUAUUUGA